AGGCGCACGCGCAGGCGCCGCCAGGCCGCGCCGACCUGGCCGACCUCAUCCACCUGCCGGGGCCGCUCACCGAGGACGCCGUGCUCAAGUGCCUGCACGCGCGCUUCUGCAACGCGCACUACUUCACUAAUGUUGGGCCAAUUCUGCUAUCAGUGAAUCCUUAUCAUGAUGUUGGGAACCCACUGACACUAACAAGCACAAGAGGCAUAGCAAUGAGCCCAAAGCUCCUAAAAGUUGUGCAGGAGGCAGUCAGGCAGCAAUCUGAGACUGGUUACCCUCAGGCUAUUAUACUCUCAGGUACGAGUGGUUCAGGAAAGACAUAUGCAUCCAUGUUACUAUUACGGCAACUGUUUGAUGUCGCAGGAGGAGGCCCAGAGACUGAUGCGUUUAAGCAUCUGGCUGCAGCUUUCACUGUUAUGCGUUCACUCGGCAGUGCAAAAACUGCCACAAACUCAGAAUCUAGUCGAAUUGGGCACUUCAUUGAAGUUCAGGUAACAGAUGGGGCCUUGUAUCGAACAAAGAUCCAUUGUUAUUUUCUGGAUCAAACUAGAGUGAUCAGGCCAUUGCAUAAUGAGAAGAACUAUCAUAUUUUUUACCAGAUGCUUGCUGGGCUUACCCAAGAAGAAAGAGUGAAGCUGAAUCUAGAAGGAUAUUCUCCACAUAACCUCAAUUACCUACAGUGUGGGGACACACGACAAGAUGAGGUGGAAGAUGCAGCAAGAUUUCAGGCUUGGAAAGCCUGUCUAGGUGUCCUGGGAAUCCCCUUUCUGGAUGUCGUCCGUGUCCUUGCAGCAGUACUCUUGCUUGGUAAUGUGCAGUUUGUGGAUGGACAAGGACUUGAGGUGGAUGUGAAAGGCGAUGUAGAGCUGAAAUCUGUAGCCAGUCUGCUUGGUGUUUCGUCAGUUGCCCUUUUCAGAGGAUUAACAUACAGAACACACAAUGCCCGAGGACAACUUGUGAAAUCUGUCUGUGAUGCAAAUAUGUCCAACAUGACAAGAGAUUCUCUUGCCAAAGCACUCUACUGUCGAACUGUGGCAACAAUUGUUCGCAGGGCCAACAGUGUCAAACGACUAGGUUCAACAUUAGGAACUCUCAGCUCAGAUUCAAAUGAAUCUGUGCAUAACCAAGCAGAGAUUGCCAGCCAACAUGCUUCGACUGUAGGGACAGCUGGUUCCAAAUCCAGUAAGUCUAUGGCUGUCCUAAAUAAUGCUGUUCGACAUGCUACAGAUGGAUUUAUUGGCAUUCUUGAUAUGUUUGGUUUUGAAGAUCCUAAGCCCAGUCAACUUGAACAUCUGUGCAUAAACCUGUGUGCCGAGACAAUGCAGCAUUUCUACAACACACACAUAUUUAAGUCAAGUAUUGAAUCUUGCAGAGAUGAAGGCAUCCACUGUGAAGUAGAGGUUGAUUACGUGGACAAUGUCCCAUGCAUUGACCUCAUCUCGUCACUGCGUACAGGACUGUUAAGUAUGUUGGAUGUUGAAUGCUCUAUCCGUGGUACGGUAGAAUCUUACAUCGCAAAAGUAAAGGUGCAGCACAAACAGAAUCCACGACUGUUUGAACCAAAACCGAUGGAGCUGAGGAAUUUUGGAAUACAGCAUUUUGCUGGCCGUGUCGUGUAUGACGCUUCAGACUUCUUAGAUACGAAUAAAGAUGUAGUACCGGAUGAUUUGGUUGCUGUUUUCCACAAACAUAGUUGCAACUUUGGGUUUGCUACACAUCUCUUCGGGAGCGAAUUAAAGGCAUUAUAUUCUAUUGAGACAGUCCCUCGAGGUGUCAGCUUCAGGAUAUCUCCCACAUCUCACACAGAUUUGCUCAAUGGUGAUGAACCAGUUUCGACACUAACCCAAGACUUCCACACGAGACUAGAUAAUCUGUUGCGAACUCUGGUGCAUGCUCGCCCACACUUUGUACGAUGUCUCCGAAGCAAUUCCAGUGAAACACCAGGUCGUUUUGACAGAGGAACUGUAAUGAGGCAAAUCAGAUCACUCCAGGUGUUGGAGACUGUGAACCUAAUGGCAGGAGGUUAUCCACAUCGCAUGCGAUUCAAAGCAUUUAAUGCACGAUAUCGACUGUUAGCACCUUUCCGAAAAUUAAGGCGGGUGGAUGAUAAAGCUACAGAGGACUGCCAGCUUAUUCUACAGAGUUUCCAACAGGCACUGGAAGAACAGCCAAAGACUCAGCCAUGUGCUGUCAGCACAAGCUGGGCACUUGGGAAAAGGCAUAUAUUUUUAAGUGAAGGUGCAAGGCAACAGCUUGAAUCACUGCGUUCUGAGACAAGGCACCGAGCUGCAGUGCUAAUACAGUCAACGUGGCGAGGAUGGCGACUACGACGGCGGUGGCCUGCUUUACGAAGAAGCCUUGAGCUGCAGCUGCAGCACGCAUCAGGGGGUGUUCGCUCCAUUCCUGUGUCGGGGGCAAUGGCUGUCGGCUCUGGUGGUGUACCAAACCCAUCAGUAGUGGUGUCAGCUGUGCGUCCACGACCACAGCCAAUAGCAGGCACACCACCACCUGAUCCAAAUGAAAAAUGUGAUCAGAAAAUGAUACAGCAGACAUGCACACUCUUUGGGCUUGACCUGGAGAGGCCUCCCCCUGUUCCACCUAGUCGACCAUACACUGUGGCAGGGAACACGAAACUAGGUUAUCCACAGACACGAGUUAUGAAGAUGACCUUCCCUGAGGAUGCAAGUGGGGAAGUGGUUCUACUGAAAGGAGACACAGUAUUGGUGGUUGGUGCAUCUCCACGCCGUGGGCAUCUCAUAGUAGAGCACAACAACAUGAGCCUCCAUGUGCCCUUCCAGUUCCUUGAACUCAAAUCAGUGGGUGUUAACAUAUGAAUGUGCCUUAUGUGUAAAUUGUGAAGUGCCUUUUUAUUGUAAACUUCAAUGCAAAAAGAGCAGAUUAUAGUCGUGUAUAAAAAUUGUACAUUACUGACUUUAAAGCUAUGUAUUACAGUGUGUGAUGUGCACCCAAGGAAGGAAACACACGAAGUAAUUGUAGGUGUCAGUGUUAUGAACUGAAAUGGGAACUACCUUGAUUUUUGUCAAAUGUGAAGAGUAGAUUAGUUACUCUCUCUCUCUCUCUCUCUUGGAUGACCUAAAAAACUAAGAGUUUCACAUUACACAAUGUACUGCAGAAGUUAUGCUGAAUGGUGCUCAUUACAGUGUUUGUACAAAACAGAACUCUCUAUGUGCCAAUGAUAAUCUGAUACCCAAAAUAUAAUCUUGAGUCUGAUUUAAGUGCCGAUUGUACAUAAUGUAAAUAAUAAGCAUACCGAAAAACUAAUAUUGUAUUUUACUUCAUUGGAUAUGUAAUUAAACCUUGCAUCAAAAGAUAAGUACAUUAUAAUAUUACACUGGAAUUAACUUGUAAUGUUAAAUGAAAUAUGCCAAAAGAGUUUUUGUAAAGCUGUUGUACACACCAAAAACAGAAUGCUGAAUGUUUUGUAAAGUUAAUAAUUUCAGUAUUGAUAAAGAAAGAGUAUCAAAACAGAAUAAAGCUGUGAAUAAUCAGUUACCACACCUGUACUCUGCCAAAAGUAUUCUCCACAUGUAUCAUGAAAACAUUUUAACAUUGUAAAUAAUCAUCUGUUCUUAUCAUCAGAGGACAGAAAUUUGAAUGUCUCUUCAUUUUUGUAGAUAUGGACAUACAUGUUCUGAUAACAUGUGUAUUUGUAUAAGUUCUGCCUAAGACAGAAUAAAAUUAUUUGCAAAUAAACU